AUGGACAAAGAAUGGUUUCUCUACCAGGAAGGGUUCGAAAAACUGGACAUACAUGCCAUUUUGACACGUCUUCCUUUCACUGUUUCUCCCCUAAUAUUUUUAGCUCUUAAGUUGUUCAGACGAUUGCAAGGACAGGAUGGAGAUGUUGCUAGGGAAGAGGUUCCUGUGACACCAAAGAAGAUUUUUCAGAUUUUGAAUCAGACUAUUGAGGCCUUGUCAUCCGUUCCAUCACCAGAACUGGCACUAAGAUUGUACUUGCAGUGUGUUGAGGCUGCCAAUGAUUGUGAUCUCGAGCUUGUAGCAUAUGAGUUCUUCACACAAGCUUUUAUACUAUAUGAAGAAGAAAUUGCAAAUUCAAAAGCUCAGGUGACUGCCAUACAUCUAAUAAUAGGGACUCUUCAGUGGAUGAAUAUAUUUGGUGUUGAGAACAGAGAUACACUUACACAAAAGGCCACAGGGUACUCCAUAAAGCUUUUUAAAAAGCCUGAUCAGUGCAGAGCAGUUUAUGCAUGUUCACAUCUCUUCUGGGUUGAUGAUCAGGACGGCAUCAAGGAUGGAGAAAGGGUCCUGCUUUACUUAAAACGUGCACUAAGGAUCGCGAAUGUAGCCCAACAAAUGGCCAGCGUAACGCGGGGUACUGGUGGGUCGAUCACACUAUUUGUAGAAAUAUUGAACAAGUACCUUUAUUUUUUUGAGAAAGGGAAUCCUCAGAUUACAGGCUCAGUAAUCCAAGGCUUGAUUGAACUGAUCACAAUCGAGAUGCAAUGCGAUAACACGAUGCCAGACCCAUCUGUGGAUGCUUUCUUUGCUAGCACGUUGCGCUAUAUUCAGUUCCAGAAGCAGAAAGGCAGCGCGAUGGGUGCAAAAUACGAGCCCAUCAAGGUGUGAUGCACCUGAUGUGAGUGGGCCUUAAUUUGAUCAGGUCAUCACCAGCACAUUUACAUGAUGAAGUUGAGGAAUUGUUGGAGUUGCAAAACAAGUGCUGAUUUGAUUGCAAUCAGUUGUAUUCCUGAUUUCCUGCCAUGGCCAAGUCGAGUCAAUCCGCAAGUGCUGGUGGAUUUGGUUUCUUUUGCCUUGUUGUUGGGGGAUGUACAUGGGGUGCAUACAACCUUGUACCCAUUUUCACUUUUAUUUUUAUUUUUCCUUUUUAUUUCCUAAUUGUGAUGAUCGGUUUUUUUUUUCCUCCUGGACAUGAAAACCAAGUUGCGUGGAUUUUUUUAGUAAUUUUAACUGAUGCAACCAUGUCGAUGAAACAUGUCUUAGUAAUUCCGAGUCCAUGGAGUAAUUUUUUAGUUUCACAUUGGAGGGGGUGUAGAAAUACCAUUAAGUUUCGACA